UAGAAACAAAGAUCAAAAAUUUGUUCAUCAAAGUCUAGAAAAUUUAUGUAAUUCAGAGCAAUUGAAUUCCAAUAUUUCCAUGGAUACAAACUAUAAAACUUCAUAUCAACCCAUUGAGUAUUCACAUAAAUUGCAAUCUCAUGAAUUUAAGUUAGUUGACCCAACUUUUUUUGAUUUUGCAUCUAUACAAAGUAAAUUUGGUGAGCCCAUAUGCACUAUUAAAAAACGACAAUUUAUUAAACCUGAUAUAAGACUUAAUGAAAAUGAAGAUGAUAACCAAAAUGAUUCUCUAUCUAAAGUUCAACAAAUUAAAAAACUAUUUUCAAAAAAAUUCAAAAAUCUUGAAAACAAUUCCAACCUCCUAAAAACUAUUCCCAGGAUUUCAUCAAAUCAAGAAAUAUUAAAAUCAGUUGUUAACUCAACUCAUGAAUCUCAUAAAGUUAUAACAGAGUUUAAAGUAAUAAAAAAUGGGUAUAUAACUAAUAAUAGUGCAAUAUUAGCUAAUCCAUCCUUACCUGGAAAAUCAAUUCGAAAGUCUGCUGCAGGAGUAUAUUUUUAUUACAAUAACUCUGAUAAUAGUUUUACUAAUAAUAAAAAUGAUUUAAAUCAUAGACUAGUCAAUAUUAAGCACAAUAAUGAUGAUUUUAAAUACAAGUCAACAAUAGAAUCUCAUACCAGCAAACAUAUUAAACUUGGCAUGCCCACAGCAGAUUUAAAGUUAGUUAUACCUCAAAAUACAAUGGUAUAUCAUCACAAACCCCCAAACAUUAUCCUUAAUAACACCUUAAAUGUUAUCAAACCUACUGCUGAUCCAGAUGGAUAUUGGAGGGUUACAAGAGACCUUGUUCACAAAAUCAGAGCAAAGGGACGUUCUUACAGGUUUGAAAAUGGCAAAAAACAAGAAUUACCUACAACUAUAUUUCUUUCCAAAAUAACAGAUCCAUAUGAGAAUUAUAACAAUUCACAUCAAUCUUUACAAGAAAAAUCUCCAGAGGCUGAUUUACAAUGCUGGGAUAACAUUGUUCCUCUUCCUUCAUUUAUCAAGCCCUCAUUUAAUGAAUUUGAAGAGAAAACUAAAAAAUCCUACCUUCGCCAAAGUUGUCUUUCUAUUGUAUCACCCUUAGCUCACAAAAACAAAGACAAAACUGAUUCAAAUAUAAUGAGCAGCAUAGCAAAAUCAUCAAAUAAUAAUAAAGUUUUGAACACCUUUUUUGCUACAUUUUUACCAAACUCUACUGAAAAUAACUCCCACUCAGAUGGUGAUUUUACUAAUGAUGCCAAGCGCUGCAAAAUCCAUCAAAAUAAUCAUGGUUCAAUUUGCCUUAAUGAAACCACAAAUAACCAAAAUACAUUGUCCAGCCAAGAGAAUGAUGAUAGAUGUUCAUACUUCCCUAACAAACAACAGGCAGCCCAAAUUUAUCAUUUUAAUGAUAAUGGCAAUAGUAAUUUGAUGGAAAAUGACAUUUGCUUAAGUGAAGGAAACUCAUGUGGGGAUGAUGAGGGGAGUGAUCAAGAUGAUGACAAAGAUGAAACACUAACUGAGAUGGAAUUCAUUGACUUGUCAAAGCGAAUCCACCUGAUUGGGGCUUAUGUCAAGUUGGACAAAAAUAGCUUUUUGAGUCUUGACCGAAAAAAAAGCUUGCGCAUAUCGUUUGAUCAAACCGAACCCACAACUUAUGAGUACCCUUCUGAACAGUCGUUGUUUGAUUUUCAUUUAGAAAACGAGGAUGUCAAAUCACGUAUAGAAGCUUUUAAUAUCAAAGCUGCAACAGCAACCAUUUCUCUCACACCUUAUAAUAACAAAAAGGGGAGCAGUAAAAACAAGCAGUCUAAAUUAGGUGGUAAAAUUAAAAGUUGUGACUUUAAUAAUAAUACAGAUGAAGGGAAAAGCGAAGAUGUUUAUAGUGAUAUUGAUUAUAAUCCAGUAAAUCAAAACGAUCCUUCUUCAGAAUCAAAACUUAGUUGCACUUCACCCACAUCUCUUACAUCGAUAUCUUCUUUAUCAAUGAUAACAACGAACCAAUCUUCUCCUAAACCAAAUAGCCUAAGCCUUUCGCCCACGCAUAUAGCCACCAAAUCUAUAUAUUUGCAAAAUUCCCAUAAUCUAGUUAAUUCGAAUGAUCGAAAUCCCUUAUUUAGCCAUGAGGAAUUUAAAUCUUCAGCCCAUACCCCUAGUUAUUUUUACGAAAAGCUUUCUCGAUUCACUCCCAAACACCUUAAACUGAACCGAGAUUUAUUAGUUAAUUGCUUUACACAUGAGGAAUAUUCUAUGACAUCACCCAUCCCUCAAGCGAGUCCUACUUAUGAAAAAGAUUAUCUUAAACCACUAUCCAUCGAGGAAGAAGCAACUGCCAAAUGGUCUCAAACCGUUCAACAUUCCGAUUUAUUGUUUUAAUUACUAUCUAAAUAUGCAACUUUGGGCAAUGAAGAAACUAUAUUAUUUUAAAAAUAUUCACCUUUUAAUUGAUGAUUUAUCGAAACGGUUAACGUUUAAAUUUUGUAUAAAUGUGACUAAGUAUUACCGCAAUUUUGUUCAUUUAUUAGCUAAAAGAUUUCUUCUUUUUAAUUACACCUUUAAAUAAGGAUUAAUUAGAUUAAAAAAAUAAUUAUCCGGUUUUAGUCAAAAUUAUAUCUCUAUUAUAUUUUAAUGAUCAUUUAUAGAAAAUGAUAAUAUUCAAUCUUUUUUAAUAUAUAGUUACAUUAAUUAUCAAAUUUUUGUAAUUUCCAUUUACACUUUAUAUGAAAUAAUGCAUUUAUUAAUAUUUAAAUGCACCUCGGUAGGUUUUUAAAAUAUAACGUGUUCAAAACUUUAUAAGUGCAUUUACUAGGGAGAGUUUGACCUUACUUAAUUUUUUUCCCCACCUGAUUUUUAUAAGCUCAUUUUAAUUGUCUACCUUUCAUUAUUCUAUUGUAAUUUUGUUAAUCGUGAUUACUUUUAAUUUUUUUUCCCUCUAAAUUACACAUAUUUAUAUAUAUUAUACAAUAUAUCACAACAAUAAUAUAUUAUAUCGAUUUUUUUUAAAAUCUUACAUUA